CAUCUAAUAAUGGAUCAUAAUAUACAUUUUAUUAUUUAAUAUCUUAAUUAUCUUGCUUUUAUUAAUAUUAAGGGAUUAUUUAUGUUUGUGGUACAUUUAUUUAGUUAUUUAUUUAUGUUUAUUUCUACUCUAAAAUCAGAUUAUUUUCGCUUUAUGGAAUUUGUGUUUAUUAUUAGAUUUAUUACAUAUGUGUUUAUUAUUAUUAAGGGACUACAUAUUAGUUAUUUGGAUAAGCUGUAUUAUUAUAAUAAUAAUUAAUGGUUUAAUAUGGUCCCAUGUAAUAUUAUUAGUUAAAUUAUUAGUAAUAAUUAAUACCAUUUUAUUAAUAAACAUUAUAUUAAUUAUCUAUUUAUUUUAUUUUUAAAAAAAUUAUUAUAUUUAUUAUAUUUUUUACUUUGCCCUGUUUAAUAUUGUCCGUAAUAAUAAGAAUAUUAUUAUUAAUACAUUAAUUAUUAUUAUUAUUAUAUUUAAGCUUCUGUAAGAACAGUCUAUUAUGUUUGA